AAGGAAAUGAUAGCGUUUCGCCUCCUCCAACUCCUUCUGUUCAAUGACGUUAGCCGUUUUCUAAAACCCUAAAGCCUGCACCUGUUCCUCUCGGUCUUCCAUUUCUGGGGGACUCCACGCCUUCCCAAACUCUAUCAACUCUCCGAUUAUGGCAGCAUUUCAACUCUCUAAUCUAUCAACUUCCUCUAUUCCCCCUCAGUUCUAUCACAACCCAUCCUGGAUCUCUUCCUCUUCUAAUUGCAACCGAAAAUACCACUCUCGAAGACACCAUUUUGGCUUUGUUAGCUGCUCAUUUUCACCUAUGGAGUCCGCCAAGAUUAAAGUAGUGGGAGUUGGUGGAGGCGGCAACAAUGCCAUUAAUCGCAUGAUUGGCAGCGGUUUGAAGGGUGUUGAUUUCUAUGCCAUAAACACGGAUUCUCAAGCCCUAGUACAGACUGCUGCUGAGAAUCCACUUCAAAUUGGAGAGCUUCUGACACGUGGUCUAGGUACUGGUGGGAAUCCACUUUUAGGGGAACAAGCGGCAGAAGAAUCAAAAGAAGCGAUAGCUAGUGCUCUCAAGGGCUCUGAUCUUGUGUUUAUAACGGCGGGUAUGGGUGGAGGCACUGGGUCCGGUGCGGCCCCAGUUGUUGCCCAGAUUUCCAAAGAGGCAGGUUACCUGACUGUUGGUGUUGUUACUUAUCCAUUCAGUUUUGAAGGGAGAAAACGAUCCCUGCAGGCGCUGGAGGCGAUUGAAAAAUUGCAGAAAAAUGUUGACACUCUUAUAGUAAUCCCCAAUGAUCGCUUGCUUGAUAUUGCUGAUGAACAGACACCCCUUCAAGAUGCUUUUCUUCUUGCUGAUGAUGUUCUACGUCAAGGAGUACAAGGAAUUUCUGAUAUAAUUACGAUUCCGGGGCUGGUCAAUGUGGAUUUUGCUGAUGUGAAAGCUGUCAUGAAAGACUCGGGAACUGCAAUGCUCGGAGUUGGCGUCUCCUCCAGCAAAAAUCGCGCAGAAGAGGCGGCUGAGCAAGCAACUUUGGCUCCCUUGAUAGGAUCAUCCAUUCAGUCAGCUACAGGAGUGGUAUAUAACAUUACGGGGGGAAAGGACAUAACUCUUCAGGAAGUGAACAGAGUCUCUCAGGUUAUGAACUUCUUAUAUGGAUUCUUGAAUUGUUUUGAGUUUGAGUACAAACUGAUGUUUUUGUUGGGGGAAACAAACUUGGCAGGUUGUGACAAGUUUGGCAGACCCAUCAGCAAACAUAAUAUUUGGGGCAGUUGUGGAUGAUAGGUACAGUGGAGAAAUCCAUGUAACCAUAAUUGCAACAGGAUUCUCUCAGUCCUUUCAGAAGAUACUGUUAGCUGACCCCAGGGCUUCAAAACUUAUUGAUAAAGUGACUGGAGGAGAUCAAGAAAAAAGCAGCAAGGCCUCGUCACCCCUCCGUCUCGACUUAUUGCCUGCUGCUGCAUCACCAACGCUUAAUCGAGGUCGAAGGCUCUUCUUUUAGCCAAAUAUUCCUUCUUGCAAAAGUUUCUCUUGCCUUGGGAAAGCGUUGUGAAUCUCUCUCUCUUGUAUAUGUUAUGCUCGUGCAAGUUUAGUUGCUUCCACUUGAAUGACGACAAAACAACCUUAUAGGCAUCUCCUUCUCGCCUGCUAAUUGCUUACCUUGAUUUGUAAUCAGCAAUUUUCGUCAUUUGAAUCAAUUCAAAGUUUAGUUGAUUU